AGAAAAGCAUUGAAAAUGGCGAUUGUUUAGCUUUAAGGUGCUGACCUACCUCAAAUGUCUAACAGAGCUAGGAAAAGUGGCUAAAAGAAGCAAGGUUAAGUUAAUUGAAGAUGUCUCGAAAACGCGAUAUUUCGCGCGAAGAGAUCGCUAAACAGUUUCUGUUACCGGAGCGUCAAUCCAAAAUCGACACCCUCCUCAAGCAAGAUGGUCAAGCUUAUUGCAUUUGUCGCUCCUCGGACAGCUCCCGUUUCAUGAUUGCGUGUGACGCCUGUGAAGAAUGGUACCACGGCGAUUGCAUGAACAUCUCCGAAAAGGAGGCCAAAAUGAUCAAACAAUACAUUUGUAUUCGCUGUUCCGAGGAGGACUCAACUCUGCAGACUCGUUGGCGGACCAAACGCGACGAAAUCGCCAGUGCCAACACCAACACCGAGGAGCGCAAAGCCCGCAAACGCAAAGAACGAGGUGACACCAAAAACGACAAAAAAAUGAAAAAAUGCGGGGACUGUAUGGGGUGUUACCGCACCGAGGACUGCGGGCGGUGCGACGUGUGCACGAGGCGGAGCCGUCACGGCUCCCCGCGCAACAAGGAGCGGUGCAAGCAGCGGAUUUGCAUAAAUUACGGCGGGGGGAGGCGCAAGAGGCGGGAUUCAAGCUCGGACAGGGAAGGCCCGCCCAAUGCCCACCUCAUGACCGACUAUCCGCGCCAAUGCUACGGGCCCACGUGUACCAAUAGCGCCCGCUACGGCUCGAAAUACUGCUCGGAUCAGUGUGGCUUAAAGUUGGCAACCAAUCGGAUUUUGCAAGUGUUGCCACAGCGUAUCCAAGAGUGGGCCCUGAGUCCCUGCUCUGCCGAAGAGUCCAAUAUCAAAGCUCUCGACCAAGUCAGGAAGCAACAGUUCGAAGUCAAACAGAUUUUGCAAGAGUUGGACAGCCGGCAUCGCGAAUUGGACGCGAUUAUCGAGCGCGCCAAGAGCGCCACCAUUGAUCCGAACGCCGAUUUCGACAACGACGAAGAGUCGGAAGUGUCGACCAUGUAUUGCAUAACAUGCGGACUCGAAAUACAUUCGAAAACGGCCAUCAAACACAUGGAAAAGUGUUUCAACAAGUACGAAUCUCAAGCGAGUUUCGGGAGUAUUUUUAAAACCAGAAUUGAGGGGAAUAACAUGUUUUGCGAUUUUUAUAAUCCAGCUAAUCGGACUUAUUGUAAAAGAUUGAGGGUUUUGUGCCCAGAGCAUUGCAAGGAUCCGAAAAUCGGCGAAUAUGAAGUCUGUGGCUGUCCAUUGGUCACCAACGUUUUCGAUCUGACAGGGGAGUUUUGUCGAGCGCCGAAAAAAUCAUGCGUUAAGCAUCACGUUUGGGAGAAAUUGAGACGGGCUGAGAUCGACUUGGAACGGGUGCGCCAGUGGUUGAAAAUGGACGAACUUUUAGAAAAAGAGCGCCAAAUUCGCAACACAAUGGCCUCGAGAGCCGGAGUGCUCUCUCUGAUGCUGCACUCGACAUACAAUCACGAAGUCAUGGAACAAAUAACAAAAGCGAGUCAGCAGGACCAAAACGCGAUGCAAAGAGAGUUGGCUAAGAGAUUCCGCACGUCUACCAAACCACGUUUCACGUAAAAACUUUAUUUAAGAAAAUAUGUACAACAUUAUCAUUGCUUGCUUGAUUUCGGCAAUAUAGUUUGUUUGAUCUCA